ACUGAUGACUUUAAGUGAUGGCAAUCAUUCAAUCUUAUGAUGCUUUCUUAGGCUUUUAUGCAGUUGCAACAGCUGAUGGAAGGUUAAGAGUUUGGGAGAGCCUUACAGAGGGGGGUAACUUAAAAGUUAACUUUACCUUCAAGUCUAAUUUGGCUGAUGGCUUCUUCUCAAUUUCUUGGUCUAAUUGCCUUAGCCCAGAGAAAGAUAAUGGCAUACUACAAAUCUUUCUAGUUGCUUUGGGGUCUCGUUUGGGCAAUAUUUAUGUAUUUGACGUUAAGAAGGGGGAAAUUUAUAAACAACUAAAAGGUCAUAAAGAUGCUGUCAACUCUUUGGUUUUCGGUGAAAGCAAUGCUAAAUUGUACUCGUGCUCAUCAGAUAGAUAUAUUAUUGAGUGGUGUAUCUCCACUGAGCAACCUCUGAGGAGUUGGAUCGGAGACACUCAGCCUUUACAUUCUCUUUUUUGUAAUAAGCAUUGUUUUCUCUCUGCGGGGCGUACUAUUAAAAAUUGGGAUGUCGUUAAAAAAAAAAUCCUUAAAAAAUACAGCGGCCACGAAAAUUUUAUUAAGCAACUACUACUUUCGCCAAAUGGAGAAUUUUUUUUAACAUUAGCAGAAGAGGACCGUUUUGUAUAUGUUUGGCCCCUGGAGGGCCCUUCCCAGCAGGACACCGUUAACUCGGUGGCUGUACUCUCUGCAGCCUCUUCUGCUUUGUGGAUGGAUUUAUGCUCUUCUGGAUCUGGCGAGUUUUGUGUUACGUUGAUUGUGACAUGUGAGAAUCUUCAAGUGUGGAAUAUUCCCUACUCAUUGCUACACAAGGACUCGACACCUAAGAACUCUUUGAGCCCAAACUGCACUAUUAACAUAGUAGCGAACAACGGAAAGUGUUUACCGCUAUUGAGUGCUAAGUUUACCAGGAACUCUGAGAUACAAGAAGUCCUCAUUGCGUAUGGCUCGAGCUUGAAGCCUCUAUUUGUCUUAGAAAGCUGCGUCUCCGGCAGUGGUGAGUGGAGGGAGCAUGUAACCAUUACAGAGGAAAGAAACUUGGAGGUUUAUAUUGAAGGGAAACUGCGGGAAAAGUCCCCCCGCGCGCCGCAAUCACCAAUGAUUCUUGGCCCUCUCGACUUGCAAACGCCCGGGGACAAGGUGACGUGCGAGGAACUGAUGGAUGAGACUCCUCUUCCUGCGGGUGUCGAGAGCGAAGGGUGCUGUGAACAGGAGAUUCCCAUUUUCGAGCGGCUAAAGAAAAGUGAAGGGGACAGUUCGGUUCCUUACGCCAUUGAUCCGAACCCUCCGACUGCGGACUCGUUGGGCAGACUCCUAGUGCAAGCAUUGAAGAGCGGCGACCGCCAGCAAAUGGGAGACGUUUUAUCGAACCAUAAUACGUCCAUUAUCGCCAAUACCGUCGCACGCCUUCCGAACGCCCACGUGAUCCCCUUUUUAAGUCAUCUUGUUAAUGAGUUUCAAGCGAAACCGAAUCGGGGGCUUGAGCUUAUCCCGUGGAUCCGCGCAGUCAUGCUUUUCCACAUGUCCUACUUGAUGACUGUGCCUAAACUUCUGGAGAGUCUGGGCGGGUUGCAUCGCCUCGUGGAUGCUCGGCUUUCGGUGUUCAAAAAACUGUUGAAGCUCAACGGGAGACUGGACCUUCUUCUUUCCCAAAUCAACACCCGCGGCACGCCUGGCGAGAACGACCAUUUGACGACUCCCAGCCACGUGCAACAGGAAGAAGAUACGGACAGUUCUGGUGAGAGCGAUGCGGCCGUGGACACGGUUCAAUACGGAGAAGACGAGCAGGAAAGCACCACGGCCAGCGACGGGGACGGGCCCGAUAAUAAAGAUGCCUAGUGAGUUAUGAAACUUUUAUUUUAGAGGGUUGCGGUGAGGCU